AUGGCUACACCAUACGUUGCGUUGCCCUCCGAGCCAGCCUCCCAACGACGUGAAAACGAGCGAGCGUACUAUGUGGGGAGUAGCUGUUGGGGAAAGAUAUCUGUUUAUAUGGGCCUGCAUAGGCUGCAUCUGCUCGUCAACGCUUUCUCUUCUGGUGUAUCUCUCCAAUUCGUCCCAGGCGCCUCGAGUGCUGGCCCCGUUACGACGCCCGAACCCCUACCCAAAUCUCAACAGUAUCCACAAAGGGAGCUCCACGAAGAGACACGAGAACAUGAUACAACGUUAGGGGUUGUCUACCCAGACGAUAGGCACUUCAUUAUCUCUCCCAACAUUACGACUAUUGUUCAAUUUCGUACCCUAGAUUAUGGAAUGGAGCGCUGCACAUUACACGCCUCUCUCCCUGACAAGACGGAUGCGCUUGAUCCAGCAGCCACCAUCGUCCACCCCAGCACACUCGAUAUCUGGAGGUUGAACAUAGACUAUGAAAUAACCCGACAUAGGCCGGAGAGCUGGAAAUUUGCACCACUGCGAAAGUCUCUCUUUGGCACUUUUGAAUUUCCGCAGGGUGAAGACUGGGCUUCUGACGAUUUUCAUUGCCGAUCGCUCUCUUACACUACGCUUGAAUUCACAUGCUCUACAAAGACGCCGGAUUGCCAUGUCGACUUUUGGCAAGAUAGAGCGUCUGCUAAUGCACAUAAUACGCUCUGGAAAUACGCCAAAUCUCAGGUUGCUGGUUGA